CCUGAGCCUCUGUGACCCGUUGGUGACGGGCGUCCAAACAUUCCCUCUGGUCUCUCAUCGUGACUACGGAUACGCCUCUCUGCAUCCCCCUCCCCUCCCUCGAGUCCCCCUCCUGUCAUCUAACCUUGUCCUGUAUCCGUAGGCUGUUCCGGCUCAUUCAUUUUAACCCCCCUCGGUCCCUCCAUUUUGCAACGCUCGUCUCUUCCAGACCGUCGAUCCACUUCUUCCAUGCCUCCAUUCACUUCCCUCGCCAAGCCGCUCCGACUGCCGUUUACCGACAAGUGAGAGCGAGAGAGAGAGAGAGAGAGAAACACACACUGAGUAAACACAUUCACACAUACGCCAUACGCAUACGCACCUAUAUAGACUCGUUUUGCCACGCCGCGCGCUCUUCUCCGGCCAUUUUCGAUACAAAGCUUGCUCGCUCUUGCGCCAUCUACCCCGACUUCCCAACGCACCAGCCGCCUCUAGGAUCUCCCCUGAGCAUGCGAUUCGGCCUACAACCACCACUCUGAACAGCCGCCGGUCCUCUCCGGUUUUUUAAUCAUAUUUUCCUCAUCUUUCCUCUCUUCCUCCUGCGCAAACAUGAUGGGCAAGAAGGAAAUUCCUGCCCGCGGGGACCUAGUUGACUACAACCACACUGUUGCUGGCCAUGCAGGAACCAUGUGCGACGCCGACGGCGAGCUGUUCAUCAAGCCCUGCACGCAGGCAGAGAUCGACUUCUACAACUCGGCCAACGAGAACCACGCCGACUUCGCCGACCUGAUGCCCCUUUUCAUGGGCACCUUGAUGCUCAGCGACUCUGCCGAGCUUAGUUCCAUCGAAGACGGCGUACCCGGCCCCGUCGCAUCAGCCGCUGCCAAGGAGGAGCUGACCCAAUCCGUCACGGGACAGCCCAGUAUCGCGCAAGAGUCGCACCCGGAUAAGGAGAAGUGGGUGCAGAACAAGUCGAAAAGAAUCAAGACGGACCAGGCUGUCGUGCUCGAGAACUCAGGAUCCGGCUUCACGUCGCCCAACUUUCUCGAUGUCAAGCUGGGCGUGAGGCUUUGGGCCGAUGACGCGCCCGCCGAGAAGAAGCGGAGGUUCGACGAAAUCACGCGCAAGACGACGCAUGGUCCCCUGGGCUUCAGAAUCGCCGGCAUGAAGGUUUGGCGCGGUUCGACCGUGAAGUCGGAGCUCGACCACGAGGACUACAAGAUCUACGACAAGGACUACGGUCGUACCUACGUAAACACAGAGAACGUCGUCGAGAACUUCCGUAGGUUCAUCUUCAACAAGACCGCCGGCAUCGACGACGAUUUGGCCCGUGCCGUGGCCCAAGCCUUCCUCCGUGACCUGCGCAACGUAGAGGAGGUACUCGCUUCGAACGAAAGCAGGAUGUACUCGGCCAGCCUCUUGUUCGUUUUCGAAGGCGACGGCGACAAACUGAAGGACGCCAUCGCGCAGAACAACACGGCUGUCGAUAGGGUCGAGGCGGUCGAGGCCUUUGCUGAGUCGAGCGAGAAGCCCGGUAGACCUGCCCUUAGAGUGGAUAGUGGUAUCGAGCUGAUCGAUGAAGACCGCGUGACCAUUGAUGCUGCCGUCAACGGAGGCGACGACGAUGACGAAGACGACGACGACGACGGCCCAGCACUUCCUAAGAUCUAUUCCCUGAAGCUCAUCGACUUCGCUCACGCGCAGUGGACGCCCGGCCAAGGCCCCGACGAGAAUGCGCUCAAGGGUGUACGUAGUCUGAUCAAGAUUUUCGAGGAGCUGGUGCAAUGAGGGCCGACUCUCCCAUGAGCCGGCUGGACGAAAGAACGCGGGGAGCGCAUGGACUUCCCGGACCUACGGCUCUGGCAGCAUGACGACGAACAAAAAGUUUUACAAAUCAUGGUUUGUGCGACGGACAAGACCAAAACCAGGGACCUUCCAACAGCAGGCAUCAGACGAGCACGUUUUGCUCAACGACUAUGAUACCCAGAUACAGCGCGUGGACAAGAGUUGCGGAUUAGACAUCGCUCCUCAUGGGGACAGACGAACGGGUGGGCUCGCAUUCAAGUCGUGAUUAUGACAUUGAGGAUAAGGAUAUAUACCAUCAACAACCGGCGUCAGGGCUCCCUUUCAUUCAUACAAUACCAUUACAGUUCCACUCUUCGUCCUCUGACCCUCUGCUUCACCGUUCCUCCAAUGGGUUCCGUAUAAUAGCAGGGGAUGCAAAGGCUACCUCACGUCAAAAUAUGGGACCUGCAUGGAACCAAUGCAGGUCGAUUGGGUUUGAAGUUGCGACGGCACGGAUGACAUUUGCUGGCAACCCCACAUUGUCAAUAGAGAGGAUACCUACCGGCGAGGUUAUUUAGUGAAGGCGGGGUGGGCUGAAGCAGUCCAGUGGUUAGUUCUGCUAUGAAGCCUUUGAAUUAUCUUCAAGUCGCUAUUCUUGGCCUUUCAGUAUGGG